AUGCUGCGCAUCACCUCCAUCACCGCGGUAGAUGCUUCUCGCCGAGCUUUCCUGGCGGGCUUGCAGCCACAAUGUUCGAGGCCACAGUCUUCCAAAGGCUACAGCACUGGUGAAACCUCCUUCUCCAUUCACGUUCCCAGGGCCAACAAGCAGAACAGGAAUAGUAAAUCUUCGGCCAGCAAACAGCACUUUGAUCGUACAAGGCAUCAAGGUGAUCGCACGAGGCGCUCCAAUGUAAUCCAGCCCAGUCCGCCAAGCAGGCGCACAUUCUCAUAUCCGACUCGUACCAAGCGCAUCCUCGCACUAAGCACCCCUCAGCUACCAGUCCCAGCAUCAACAGAGACCAAAAACUCGCAGCUGAUUGUCUUGCAAAAGGCGAUCGAUGGGCAAAACAUCACGGCUGUAUCAUCGGCUUGGCAACAAGUAGGACAAGGCAUCGAGCGGCUCAGUAUAAGCGACCAUCACAAGCUUUUCUGCCUUUGCUCGUCUCAUUCUUCUAGUACCCACAAUGAGCAAAAAGCUCAGAGCUGGAGAUCUUGCUUCGUAGAUUUUGCCAAAGCUGCUUCUCUGACCGGCGACGUCAAUUUGAUAUCUGGCUGGUUUCAACUCCUCUUGGAAAAUGGCCAAGCUGAGAAUGUCAUUCAGAUCUGGGAAACAAUCGUCCAAAUGCGCCUCGAAAAUGGUUCCAAUCGAACCUUUUGCCAAGAUGACUAUUCGGAAUCAUCCCCGACCGCGGAAACAACCGGCAACAAAUUUGUUCGGCUUGACGUGUCGAGUAAUGGCGACAUUAUCGAUAUCCAUGACAUGAUCUGUCUCGUCGUGUUUGCAUGUGCGCACUCUCGUAGAGCUUCAGACUUUGCGGAGCGCUUCGAAAAGCUAGAGAUCGGAUCGCCUUUCCGGCUCUUCUUCAACAUGUCUCGCGCUAAACGCCUUUACGAUACCAUCAGCAUCUCCGCCUCGUCCAACUUUAUCAGAUGGGAUUCAAUGCAAUCUCUUCUUGGGGAAUUGAAUCUGCCUCGUGGUCUCUCUUCCGGUUCGGUUGGCCCUCAACGCAUGCAAGGGCUUCUGGGCUCCUUGUGUCAGUUACAUAAAGUUGAAGAAGCCUACACUAUCUUCAUCACAGCCAUGCGAGCCGCUGCCGAGCCCAAUGCUUGGCUUUCGCUUCAAGUGCCACACGAGCGCUCAUCCCUUCCGCCUUCAUCCAGAGCUCAAUGGACAGAGAGCUGCUGGUCGGUCUGUCUCUCCAACUUCAUUGCUGCCGGUCGUACUGACCUCGCCAAGGAAGUCUGGACCAAGUUCCAGCAAAGAGGAUUUCAGCCGACGUCGCACAUCUGGAAUUCAUUGCUAGACGGAUACGCACGCGCAAAGAAUUACAAAGCUGCAGUGCAGACGUGGGAGACGGCGGUCAAGCAGGCCAACCAGCAUCCUUCCACCACAAUGAAAGUACCGGACGAGCUGAUGUACACCACCAUGAUCAACAUAUACUUUCAAGCAAAAGAGCCCGAUCAGGCCAUGGCCCUCCUCUCUGAAAUGAUGAUCAACAGCGAUCGACGAGGAGGCAGCCUUACGAUUCAGGCCGAGACGUUCAACGCCGCUCUACAUGGGCUCUUCUUCAAUAGAAUGCAAACGCAGGCGCAGAGCCUCCUUGACCAGAUGCUGACCAAAGGUCCAGCUCCCAACAUUGGCACCAUCAACACUCUCCUUCGAGCUUACGCAAGAGCUGGUGACCUUGAACCCAUUGUGUCCACGCUACGUCUAGCCGACAAGCUCGAGCUCAAGCCCGACGUGGUGACGUUCACCACCAUCCUCGAUGCGCUGCUCCGCAAGGGCGGCGAAUCGGCCACAGCUGCCGUCAUCCGAACGUUGGACAUCAUGAAAAGCAUGGGUGUGCAGCCAAACGUUGUCACCUACACGGCCAUGAUCAAGGCCUGCCUGGUAGGUGCCGAAGCAGCGCAACUCGACCUAGCAUCUCAGGGUCUCUUGGGCGACUCGACGGAUCAGAAGAGGCAGCCGCGUACCAGAGACGAGGUCAGGAUUGAGGCAGCGCUCGAACUUCUCGAUCGAAUGGUCAAAGCAAAGGUGGCACCAUCAGAGAUCACAUACACCGCUCUCAUCGGAGGUUGCUUGCAUGAUCCGUACGCGGUCGCACAUGCGUUUGGUUCAGAUGCGCUGCCACGCCAUUAUCGCAGUCCUCCGAAGCCUCUGCACCGCCUCGGAGAGAAUGCUGAGACCGUUCAGCGAUGGUUGCGAGACACUCCGCAGGUUUCACUAUCCUUGUUGCUCCUCGAACAGAUGAAGGGUCGUGGGCUGCCUCCGACAACGACUACGUUCCACUACCUCAUCGAAGGUCUCUGCAGCCCGCACACCGACCAGGCAGCCUUUGUUCGAGCCAUGGACCUCAUUGACGACAUGCUGCUUCGGGUGCCAGUGUCGGAUCCGACACGGAAAUUGGGACCAUUUGCAUCCUCGGUGAUCAGAGGCGAGGGCGUCUUGCCUCCGACGUUGCAUGCGCCAACUUACAAAGCGUGGAUCAUCAUCUUUAGCUCUCUGCUCGACCGACUUGAAAAUGGACCUAGAGAUAAGCUCGCCACGACGACCGGCGCGAGAGCCCUAUCUACAGCCAUCCGCCUCGUGCGUGAGAUGGGUUCGUUGUCUGGCACCGAUGGCGGUAUGUCGCUGUCUCGUUACGUUGAGCGAGCGGCUUCGCUCGCCUCCAAACUCGCUCGCUGA